AAUCGUGGUCGUUGCACAAAAGCGAAGAUCUGCAAGGAAUGCAGAGACGACGUUAUCGCCGGGUCGCCAAGGACUCGCGGCGGGGACGGGCAACUAGGCUCCUUCUCCUCCGCACUCACUCACCACCACCAGGCAUGGACGGACGGUACGCGCCUGGCACAACUUCGCUCUCGACAUGGCGGCUGUGUCCCAGACCACGCUGACAUGGCUAUGGGGAGUCCUCACCAAGGCAUGAACCACUAUGACCCCAAACAAACAUAUCGCGAUCCCAACCGCACAUACCACGACAUCGCUCGAGCGCUGGCGCAAUAUCCCUCUCUUGGGCCGCGUACAGAUGUCUACACAUACGAAAAUGGCACCUCGUCGCUACUCCUCCACCUAGUCGGCACGCUACCGGUUGCCUUUCGCGGCGCCAUGUACAAUAUCCCCGUCGACGUUUGGAUUCCAAAUACAUAUCCACUCGAACCCCCGAUAGUAUACGUCACUCCAGCCGCAGAUAUGGUUGUGCGAUCGGGCCAGCAUGUGACAUUGGAAGGACGGGUAUAUCAUCACUACUUGGCACAUUGGGCUGAAGCUUGGGAUCGAGUGUCGAUUGUCGACCUUUUCGGCGUUCUACGGGAAAUAUUUGCCAGAGAACCGCCCGUCAAAGCCAGAGCGCCAGCCGCGCCAGCACAACCACAGCCACCAGUGCAACAGGAACGAUCACAAGGUGGCCCUCCUCCCGUACCUUCGUUUCGCCCUGAGCUAGCUGGACCACUUAGCGUGGCUCAGACACCUAUACAGGUUCAACAGCCUUCUCCGAUGCCUCCCCAGGUUCCCCCGAAGCCGGGCCAGUCGCCACAAGUGCACUCUCCACCGCCCCCCUCGCGAGCGACUGAGCCUGCUGCACCCCCAUUACCUCCCAAAGGUCAAACCCCGCAGGGCUACGGAAAUUAUGCCCCGAAUAAUGGCCCGACAGACGGGGCUGCAGCUUACGCCAUUCAGCGGCAAAGCAGCUUACGGACCGUCGUUCCCCAACAAUCUCGCAUUGCACCCGGAAGGCCGAAUCAGGCCAUAGAUAGUCAUCCCGGGCCCAGAAAUUUCCCUCCGCAAGCUCAUGACGCUGGCUAUAUGCCCCAGCCUAGCCAGGUGCGAUCACCUUCCGGACAAUUCCAUCAACCUUUACCACCUCAUGGUUCGCAACAGCCACCAAAUCUGCAAAAUGCAUACCGGUCACAGUAUCCACCCCAGCAGCACCAAGCUCACUACCGCCAAGUUUCCCAGCAAUCUAUACCUCAAACAAUACCACAGCCGCGAAAACCACAAACUCCAGAUCUUCUGACCUCGCCUUUUGACCUCGAACUGCCGUCAAUAGCGCCUACCGGCCCGCCUCCACCCGUGCCUCCAAACCCAGAGAAAGACGCCCUCCUGCACACCUUGUCGCAAACGCUGACGGAGAAUCUGCAAUCAAAUGUGUCACAAUCAAGAUCGGCCGUUGUUCCGUUACAAUCACAAGCCCAGGCCCUUCACACUGCCCUGGGUUCUCUACAAGGAGAAAUUGCUUCUCUCAAUAACUUUCAAACAACACUCCAAUCGAACAUUGGUAUUCUCCAGCAGUCCCUCCACCGUGCUGAUACCGUGAUAGCCGAUGCAAAGGUGCGAAUAAACCAGGGUCCCACAGGAGCUCCCCUCGGAACAUCUAAUGACCUAGGGGCCGCUACAACGAAUACCCCCAAUGGCGGUCUCCCUCCUAUAGAUGAUGUUCUCGUCGCCCCAACUGUAGUUGGAAAACAACUGUACGAUCUUGUCGCCGAGGAGCGAGGUAUUCAACAAGCCAUCUACGCGCUUCAAGCAGCACUUGUCAAAGGUAUAAUCGGUGCCGACACCUGGUCACGUCACACCCGGAGCCUAGCACGAGAAGCCUUUAUCAAACGUGCACUCAUCAGAAAAAUCGGCACGGGAAUGAGAUUAGAUGUGGGCGACGGAGCAGUUGGAUCAAGGUUCCAUUCAUGA